AUGUUUCCCUUGACCAGAAAUGCACUAAAUAGGUUCAAGAUUCAAAGCAUUCAACAAAUUAGGUCACGACAGAGCCUCGAAAAUCAUUCACAAGUUUUCCAUGACAAAUACGGUAACACCACACUAGCCAGUGGGACCGCUUUCUGUGUUGUUCCAUGGGUGUUUAUAGCCACACAGAUUGGAAUAGAAUGGAACUUAGCUCCUGUCGGCAGAAUCGCUCCAAAAGAGUGGAAUGAUGAGUAG